GUUUCAGAAAGGCUGGACUUUCCAAGCACACGAAAAUGGCUUCCAUUAAUUUAUCUUGCACAUUUUCAAUUGGAUGCGUUCAAACAAAACCAAGCCCAAGAAGGUCAGCUUCAUGCCCAUCCAUUAAAUCCCCACUCGGGUCCUCUCAAUCAACACUUUUUCAACACGGAUUCUCUUUACCGUCAUCAUCUUACUCGAAUCGCCGCUUCUUCAAGUCCCGGUCAUCGGGUUUUUAUGCAAGAGCAGCUACAGAGAAAACUCUCUAUGAGUUCACAGUCAAGGAUAUCGAUGGAAAGGAUGUUACUCUUAGCAAAUUUAAGGGCAAGGUUCUUUUGAUUGUCAACGUUGCUUCUAAAUGUGGCUUGACCUCUUCAAAUUACUCAGAACUUUCACGUGUCUAUGACAAGUACAAAACUCAAGGAUUUGAGAUUCUAGCUUUCCCUUGCAAUCAGUUUGGGGGCCAGGAACCAGGAUCAAAUUCACAAAUCAAGCAGUUUGCCUGUACACGAUAUAAAGCCGAAUUUCCCAUUUUUGAUAAGGUUGAUGUCAAUGGUCCCAGCACAGCUCCGGUUUAUCAGUUUCUAAAAUCAAGUGCGGGAGGUUUCUUAGGUGACAUUAUAAAGUGGAAUUUUGAGAAGUUUUUGGUGGACAAGAAUGGUAAAGUAGUAGAGAGGUAUCCACCAACAACAUCACCUUUUCAAAUUGAGAAGGAUAUCCAGAAACUGGUUGCAGCAUGAGUAAAAGGGCUGCACAACAGUGACAGAGCACACAGUAAGUGGAGGACGGGGGAGG